GUACAAAAACUACUGUGUAUGUGCCCAGUAGAUAUCCAUGGGAUCUUUCAGUUGGAUGAACGCCGCAGAGAUGCUGUGCUUGCUUUGGGAAUUUUUCUAAUUGAGUCUGACCUGCAGCAUAAAGAUACUCUUGUUCCUUAUCUUCUCCGACUGUUGAGGGGCAUUCCCAAAGUGCAAUGGAUAGAAGAAAGCAAUUCGAGGAAAAGCCGAGGUAUGCUUCCAGUUCCAGAGAACUUCAGCUUCUGUUUGGUUACUUUAUUGUCCGAUGUUGCUUACAGGGAUGCUACUCUGAGAGAACAGGUUAUAGAGGCAAUUUUACAAGUGAUGCAGGUCCUGCUUGGAAUGUGCCAGUCUCCUCUAGCCCAGGAUAAAGAAUACUUAUGCAAGUAUGCUGUGCCAUGCCUGCUUGGAAUUUCACGAGCAUUUGGACGUUAUAGCAACUCUGAAGAAUCUCUGCUGUCGAAGCUGUUCCCUAAAAUUACUCCGUCUUCUCUCCGAGCCCCUAAUGAGCUGGAUGGUAUUCGAAGACGGUCUUUUAAUGACUUUAGGUCAAUACUCCCAAACUCUCUACUCUCGGUCUGCCAAGAAGGGUCUUUAAAGAGGAAGACUAGCAGUGUAUCCAGCAUCACACAGGUCAGUCCCGAACGUGGAAUUCCGCCUCCCAGUUCUCCAGGAGGUACUGCAGUGCAGUAUUUUGAAGGGUCCUACCUUCCUGACGGGAGUGCAGUAGAUCCUGAGUAUUACUUCUCCACAAUUAGUUCCAGCUUCUCCGUUUCUCCGCUCUUUAAUGUUAUUAGCAAUAAAGAGUUUAGCAUUCCACUAGAUAUGCUCCAGCAGCUACUGAAUAUGGUAAAACAGAUUGUUGGAGAUUCUGUUCUAAAAAACCUAGAUGCGGUUGUUGCUGAGGUUAUUGAGGCAAAUCCUCAUGAGAAUAUGUUCUACAAGAUCUUCAGUGAUCCUCUUUAUGUCGCCCAAUUCAAGAUGCUGAGAGACACGUUGUACAAUAUGAAAGAUCUCCCAAACUCAUUUGUGAAGGAAAUUCACGAUUUUGUGCUGGAGCAAUUCAACAGCAGCCAGGCAGAACUCCAGAAACUCCUUCACGAUGUGGAUCGAUUGCACAACGAGCUUAACCCACUGAAGUUGCGCUGUCAGGCGAAUGCAGCCUGUGUGGAUCUCAUGGUGUGGGCCGUGAAAGAUGAGCAAGGAGCAGAAAACUUGUGCAUCAAAUUAUCGGAAAAGCUUCAGUCCAAGACCUCCAGCAAAGUGAUCAUCGCUCACCUGCCUCUUCUGAUCUGCUGCUUGCAGGGUCUAGGCCGCUUAUGUGAGAGAUUCCCGGUUGUGGUUCACUCUGUCACUCCCUCCUUGAGAGACUUCCUUGUGAUCCCUUCUCCAGUCUUGGUGAAACUUUAUAAGUACCAUAACCAAUACCAUACAGGGGGCAAUGACAUCAAGAUCAGCAUAACCACGGAGCAUGCAGAGUCCACUGUAAGCGUGAUGUCAGGCAAGAAGAGCCAGACCUCCAUGUAUGAGCAACUUCGAGACAUCGCAAUCGAUAACAUCUGCAGGUGCUUGAAAGCUGGCCUGACCAUAGACCCAGUCAUUGUUGAAGCUUUUCUGGCCAGCUUGUCUAACCGUCUCUACAUCUCACAAGAGAGUGACAAGGAAGCCCACCUCAUUCCUGAUCACACCAUCCGUGCGCUGGGGCAUAUCGCGGUGGCGCUGAGGGACACCCCCAAAGUGAUGGAGCCGAUCCUUCAGAUCCUGCAGCAGAAGUUCUGCCAGCCACCCUCGCCUCUGGAUGUGCUCAUCAUUGACCAGCUGGGCUGCUUAGUCAUUACAGGAAAUCAAUAUAUAUACCAGGAAGUAUGGAACCUGUUUCAACAGAUCAGUGUCAAAGCGAGCUCAAUUGUAUACUCUGCAACUAAAGAUUACAAGGAUCAUGGUUACAGACACUGUUCCUUAGCUGUUAUUAAUGCUCUGGCUAACAUCGCUGCAAAUAUCCAGGAUGAGCACCUUGUGGAUGAAUUGCUAAUGAACUUGCUGGAACUCUUCGUUCAACUUGGGCUUGAAGGGAAGAGAGCUAGCGAGAGGGCAAGUGAGAAAGGUCCAGCCCUGAAGGCAUCUAGCAGUGCAGGGAACCUGGGAGUGUUGAUUCCUGUUAUUGCUGUGCUCACAAGACGCUUGCCCCCCAUCAAGGAAGCUAAACCAAGGCUACAGAAACUCUUCCGAGACUUCUGGCUGUAUUCGGUCCUCAUGGGAUUUGCUGUGGAAGGCUCAGGUCUUUGGCCAGAAGAAUGGUAUGAGGGUGUUUGUGAGAUAGCGACCAAGUCGCCCUUGCUGACCUUUCCUAGCAAAGAACCGCUUCGCUCUGUUCUUCAGUACAACUCGGCCAUGAAGAAUGACACGGUCACUUCUGCUGAAUUGAACGAGUUACGGAGCACCAUCAUCAAUCUUUUGGAUCCUCCCCCAGAAGUAUCGGCCUUGAUCAAUAAGCUAGACUUUGCCAUGUCUACCUACUUGCUCUCUGUGUACCGUCUAGAAUGCAUGAGGGUAUUGCGUUCAACAGACCCAGAUCGUUUCCAAGUGAUGUUUUGCUACUUUGAGGAUAAAGCAAUUCAGAAAGAUAAAUCAGGGAUGAUGCAGUGUGUAAUAGCUGUUGCAGACAAGGUCUUUGAAGCUUUCCUCAAUAUGAUGGCUGACAAGGCUAAAACUAAAGAGAAUGAAGAGGAGCUGGAGAGGCACGCUCAAUUCUUGCUGGUCAACUUUAACCACAUUCAUAAGAGAAUCAGGCGGGUGGCAGAUAAAUAUUUAUCUGGCCUCGUAGACAAAUUUCCUCAUUUGCUGUGGAGUGGAACGGUGCUCAAGACCAUGUUAGAUAUUCUGCAGACAUUGUCCCUAUCUCUGAGUGCAGAUAUUCACAAGGACCAACCGUACUAUGACAUUCCAGAUGCUCCAUACAGAAUUACUGUUCCUGAUACAUAUGAAGCAAGGGAGAGUAUCGUAAAGGAUUUUGCUGCACGCUGCGGCAUGAUUCUCCAAGAAGCCAUGAAAUGGGCUCCGACCGUCACCAAAUCUCACUUGCAGGAAUACUUGAACAAGCAUCAGAACUGGGUGUCCGGCCUGUCUCAGCACACGGGGCUGGCCAUGGCCACGGAGAGCAUUCUUCACUUUGCCGGCUACAACAGGCAGAACACGACGCUGGGGGCCACCCAGUUAACUGAAAGGCCUGCCUGUGUCAAGAAGGACUACUCUAACUUCAUGGCUUCUCUGAACCUGCGCAAUCGCUACGCUGGAGAGGUAGCCGGGAUGAUUCACUAUUGCAGCGCCACAGGCCGUUCGUGGGAUCUUAAUAAGCUAAUGAUCAAACAGUUGAAUGAUGCUCUGGAAGCAGGCCAGCCGGAACACUACACUCAAGCCAUGUUUAAGCUGACAGCCUUGUUAAUAAGUAGCAGAGACACUGACCCUCAGCUAUUGCAUCAUCUUUGUUGGGGCCCUCUGCGCAUGUACAGUGAACACGGCAUGGAGACCGCCAUUGCCUGCUGGGAAUGGCUGCUGGCUGCGAAGAAUGGCAUAGAAGUCCCGUUCAUGCGAGAAAUGGCCGGAGCCUGGCAGAUGACAGUGGAGCAGAAAGUUGGCCUUUUUGCUGCCGAGCUGAAAGAAGCCGACCCGUUAGCAGCUUCGGAAGAGAGUCAGCCCAAGCCCUGUCCGCCAGAGGUUACGCCACAUUACAUCUGGAUUGAAUUCCUGGUGCAGCGGUUUGAAAUUGCGAAGUACUGCAGUUCAGACCAGGUGGAAAUCUUCUCGAGUUUGCUCCAGCGCUCCCUCUCGCUGAACAUUGGAGGAUCGAAGGGCAGUAUGAAUCGACACGUGGCAGCGAUUGGACCGCGUUUCAAGCUGCUAACCUUGGGACUCUCCCUGCUCCAUGCCGACGUGGUUCCAAAUGCGACAAUUCGUAACGUCUUGAGAGAGAAGAUUUAUUCCACGGCUUUUGAUUACUUCAGCUGCGCCCCGAAGUGCCCGACCCAAGGGGAGAAGAGGCUGCGCGAGGACAUCAUCAUAUUAAUCAAAUUUUGGACUGCGAUGUUCUCGGACAAGAAAUAUUUAACGGCCAGCCAGCUUGUGCCACCUGAUAAUCAAGACGCACGGAGCAACCUGGACAUCACCGUUGGAUCGCGACAGCAAGCCACGCAGGGCUGGAUAAAUACAUACCCUUUGUCCAGUGGCAUGUCAACCAUGUCCAAGAAGUCAGGGAUGUCUAAGAAGACCAACAGAGGGACCCAACUGCACAAGUACUACAUGAAAAGGAGGACGUUGCUCCUCUCCCUGCUGGCUACCGAAAUCGAACGGCUCAUUACAUGGUACAACCCGCUCUCAUCCCCGGAGCUGGAGUUAGACCAGACUGGAGAGAAUAGCGUUGCCAACUGGAGGUCGAAGUACAUCAGUCUGAGUGAGAAGCAGUGGAAAGAUAAUGUGAACCUGGCGUGGAGUAUUUCUCCUUACCUGGCUGUCCAGCUUCCCACCCGGUUUAAGAACACGGAGGCCAUUGGCAUGGAAGUGACCCGGCUGGUUCGCUUGGACCCGGGAGCCGUUAGCGAUGUGCCUGAAGCCAUAAAGUAUCUUGUUACGUGGCACACCAUAGAUGCGGAUGCUCCAGAACUCAGCUACAUCCUGUGCUGGACGCCGACAGAUCCCCCCACGGGCUUAUCCUAUUUCUCCAGCAUGUAUCCGCCUCACCCAUUAACAGCUCAGUAUGGAGUGAAGGUCCUUCGGUCUUUCCCUCCGGAUGCAAUUUUAUUUUACAUUCCACAGAUUGUCCAGGCUCUUAGAUAUGAUAAGAUGGGCUACGUGCGGGAGUACAUCCUGUGGGCAGCAGCCAAAUCCCAGCUCCUGGCUCACCAGUUCAUCUGGAAUAUGAAAACGAACAUCUACAUGGAUGAAGAGGCGCACCAGAAAGACCCCGACAUUGGAGAGCUGCUGGAGCAGCUGAUGGAGGAGAUAACAGGCUCGUUAUCUGGGCCCGCAAAGGAGUUCUACCAACGGGAAUUUGAUUUCUUCAAUAAAAUCACCAACGUUUCCGCCAUCAUCAAGCCUUUUCCUAAAGGCGAGGAAAGAAAGAAAGCUUGCUUGAGUGCUUUAUCUGAAGUGAAAGUGCAGCCUGGUUGUUACCUGCCCAGCAACCCUGAAGCGAUCGUUCUGGACAUUGACUACAAGUCGGGAACCCCCAUGCAAAGUGCUGCAAAGGCCCCUUACCUUGCGAAGUUUAAAGUGAAGCGGUGUGGAGUGAGUGAACUUGAAAAAGAAGGUCUGCGUUGCCGUUCGGACUCAAUAGAUGAAAGCGGAGAAGACGGGGUGGAGAGCAAGAAGGUCUGCUGGCAAGCAGCCAUCUUUAAAGUUGGCGAUGACUGCAGACAGGAUAUGCUGGCCUUGCAAAUCAUUGAUCUCUUCAAAAACAUAUUUCAGCUGGUGGGCCUUGACCUCUACGUCUUUCCCUACAGAGUAGUGGCCACAGCCCCAGGGUGUGGUGUUAUUGAAUGCAUUCCUGAUUGUACGUCCCGGGACCAGCUGGGCAGGCAGACAGACUUUGGGAUGUACGACUACUUCACAAGACAGUACGGGGAUGAAUCCACCCUGGCUUUCCAAAAGGCGCGCUACAACUUCAUCCGCAGCAUGGCCGCCUACAGCCUUCUGCUGUUCCUGCUCCAGAUUAAAGACAGGCAUAAUGGCAACAUCAUGCUGGACAAACACGGGCAUCUCAUUCAUAUCGACUUUGGGUUCAUGUUUGAGAGCUCACCAGGUGGGAAUCUCGGUUGGGAACCUGACAUCAAGCUGACCGAUGAGAUGGUCAUGAUUAUGGGUGGGAAGAUGGAGGCCACCCCUUUCAAGUGGUUCAUGGAGAUGUGUGUCAGAGGAUACCUGGCUGUCAGGCCUUACAUGGAUGCUGUGGUUUCUCUAGUGACGCUGAUGCUGGACACGGGGCUGCCCUGUUUCCGAGGACAGACAAUCAAACUGCUAAAGAAUCGGUUCAGCCCCAACAUGACGGAGCGGGAGGCAGCCAACUUCAUUAUAAAGAUAAUUCAGAACUGCUUCCUCAGCAAUAGGAGUAAGACCUAUGACAUGAUCCAGUACUACCAGAAUGAUAUUCCCUACUGAAAGGAGGUGUGAGAGGAAGGAGAAAACAACAACAAAAGAUCACCACGAUCCCUUCGCCAGCCUGGAAGUGUGAAUCCAUACGUAACAAUAUACUGCCUCUAAACAAUCCUGCGUGUAUAUGUGUGCAUGCGAAUCUGGGUGUGUUCAUUUUGCCCGGACCUUGGAACAAUCAACAGUGCUUAACUAGUUCCUUUUUAUCCGUACAGGGAUAUGUUGUGUUCCUUAAUUACGCAGGAGAUGGCUGCCAUCAGGGAUUUAGAAUCAGUUUGCAGGAAGAAAUGAGUGUAAGUCUGAGGAUCAUGCAGAUUGAUAACCAGUUCUAGGAAUUUUUCUUCUUCCUUCUUUGAAAGUAAAAACAUUUAAAAUUGGUCAUUCUUUAGAAUCUGAUGGAAAUGAGGACCUCCGGAGCGCCAUUUUAGAGCAGCGCAGAAGCAUUAAAUUGUUCUAAUGAAUGCUGUAGAGAUGGUAAUGAUAAUCAUCUGUAGGUAGUGAUAUCUGUGUUAAUAUUUUGUCUUUUGCACUGUAAAUGGUUCCUGCUCAGCAGUCAGUAUUUUGUACAUACGUGAAGAAUGUAUUUUUCCCCCCUCUUUUGUGUGGUUUGAAAAGAGAGGCACUCUACUGAAGACAGAUUUAUUUAAUCUAAAAAAUGGAAUAAAAAGACUUAGUUCA